UUCAGAGAGAGGAGUGGGAGAGUUUUCCAGUAUCUACCAGGGGAGCGACACUGGCAGCCGUGGCGGCCGCCUCGCACCCUCCCACGUCCCGCUCUCAGGAACCGACACUGCUGAUGCGCACUGCCGCCAUCACUCCCCGUCCCCUCACAGCUCCGCCGAAAGCUGGUCCCUGUCAACAUUACCUCGCAUCUGAAAACAACUCGCACACUCUGGACUUAACAAUAAGCCACCGAAGAGUACUUUAACCCUCCGUUUCUGAAUGACGGGCGGUCGCUUCGACUUUGACGAUGGUGGCACCUACUGCGGCGGAUGGGAGGAUGGCAAAGCCCACGGCCAGGGCGUGUGCACCGGACCCAAGGGCCAGGGCGAGUACUCGGGCUCCUGGUCCAACGGUUUCGAGGUGGUCGGCGUCUACACCUGGCCCAGCGGGAACGUGUACCAGGGCUACUGGGCGCAAGGGAAACGCCACGGACUCGGCGUAGAAACCAAGGGGAGGUGGAUUUACCGGGGGGAGUGGACUCACGGGUUCAAGGGCCGGUACGGAGUCCGGCAGAGCCUGAACACACCGGCCAGGUACGAGGGCACCUGGAGUAACGGACUGCAGGACGGAUAUGGCGUGGAGACGUACGGUGAUGGAGGUACAUACCAGGGCCAGUGGACUGGUGGGAUGCGUCAUGGCUACGGCGUACGUCAAAGUGUUCCAUACGGUAUGGCCUCUGUCAUCCGCUCACCUCUACGAACCUCGCUGGCUUCCCUCCGCAGUGAGCAGAGUAACGGUACAGUACUGCGUGACAGCCUGUCUGACAGCCCUGCCGGCACACGCGGUGGCUUUGUACUCAACUUCCACUCAGACGGAGAAGGUUCAGAGAAGAAGAAAGGUCUUUUUCGCCGGGGCUCCCUCUUCGGUAGCCUUCAGCGACUGCGCAAAUCAGACUCACGCUCGUCGAUUUCCAGUAAACGCAGCUCAGCACACAGUGACACCACCAUGAGUCGCAUCAGUUCAAGCGAUGCCAACUCCACCAUCAGCUUUGGAGACGGAGACCAGGGCGAUGACUACCUGCCUCUGGAGGACAAUGUGGAUGCCACCACCACCGAGUCCUACAUGGGCGAGUGGAAGAAUGACAAGCGCUGCGGCUUUGGUGUCUCUGAGCGUUCUAACGGCAUGAAGUACGAAGGCGAGUGGUUGAACAAUAAGCGCCAUGGCUACGGCUGCACCAUCUUUCCUGAUGGCACCAAGGAAGAAGGGAAGUACAAGAACAACGUGCUAGCCCGGGGCAUCAGGAAGCAGCUGAUCCCGCUGAAGAACACCAAGACCAAACAGAAGGUGGAUCGAGCCAUUGAAGGCGCAGUGAGAGCAGCAGCCAUUGCCAGAACCAAAGUGGAGAUUGCCAUCUCCAGGACGUCCCAUGCCCGGGCCAAAGCAGAGGCUGCAGACCAGGCUGCACAGUCAGCUAGUCAGGAUUCAGAUAUUGCCAGAGCUAUGGCCAGAGAGCUGUCCCCGAGCUUCCAUCAGCCAGGCCCUGACUACAUACGGCAGAAGUAUAAUGAGCCAGUAGAGGUGAAGGAGGUUCCUGUGGAGGAGAAAAAGGAGAAGUCUCCAUCAGGGAGCCCUCAUUUCUACCGGAAAGGCACAACACCCACCCAGUCUCCAUCUCAGAGCCCAGAUCACAGCCCCACUCCUUCACCCACUGCUGUUAAAAAGUCCUUUUUCAGCAGUAAAACUCCUGCCACCAACACUCCCGCAAAGCCUGCUGGGAAAGAGAACAAAACCCCAACAGCUGAGUCUUUGACAGCAGGCAUAACAAAGGCAGCAUCAAAACUUUCUCUCAGACAGGAAGUCAGGCAACAGGAGGCUCCUCCAGCAGUCAAACUACCUGUUACCACGACAGUCAGCAGUUACCCUAGCAAUGGGCAGAUUCACUCCCAGUACCAUGGUUACUAUGUCAAGGCAGAUGUCAAGAUUCCACCACCCGAAGAACCAAUUGGUGCGGAGGACGACCUUCACCCAUCAAGCCUUGCACUCUUGCCACCACCUGCCAAACAGAUUUGGGCUCCAGCACUAAAAUCCCUGCAAGCCCCUAGCCUUUCACCAGUUCCAUCAAAAGAGGGCAUCAAAGCACCAGAGCCCCCCAAGCCAAAAAGACAGGAAUCAACCAAACCAAAGAGCCUCGCAGAAACCAAGAAAGCUAGUGUAGAAAUAGCUCCUGAAAUUGUAGAGGAGGAGUCGGGCCCUAACUCUAUCUUGGUGGCUCUAGUGAUGCUGUUGAACGUAGGUCUAGCAAUCAUUUUUGUCCAUUUCCUCACCUGACCAAAUCUGAACUCAGUGGUCUCAUCCAAACUUAGCCGCCCGAGUUGCUAACUUUCCAUCGGCCAAAGGGGCUUUUUUUUAAAUGGCGCCAGUCAGAAUGAACGGCAGACACAGGCAAAACGGAGGACUGAAAAUAGACAAGUGAAGGAGGACGAGGAGGAGGAGAAGUGGAGGAGAAAAAACACAUGGAGGAGCGAGAGGGGAAACAGCAGAGAGAGAGAAAGAUGAAACCUUCGACCCCCCACCGAACCCCUGACUGGACUGGCGAUGGUUUGUGACUCCACUCAGAGUGCAGUGAAAGCUGAAGCAGGCAGUCGCUGGUUGGAAAUAAGGCCGUAUCAGGGUUAGAAAUGACAGGCGGCCUGGAGAGUAGAGUGAAUGGAAGUGAUUGUGAGGCCUGGCAUCUAAACUGCCUAUAAAUGCCUGUAAUGUGUGUGCUUGUCUGUCUGUAGCUCCAUUUCCAUCCAACUGUUCAGCAAAUUUGGAAGUUUUGAAAUGCUGCAAUAAAAGCUUCAGCGCCCAGCUGAAGAGAAUUUGUUUCCUAAAGGAUCCACCAGAAGAACGGAGAGCGCCAGCGUCGUGUUGAUUAGUAUUGGAAAAAGUAAUUUUUGCUCUUCAUUUUGGCUAAUGUUGGUCAUAUGCCAUGCUUUGGUAACACUUAAUAAUACAGCCCGUGAUUUACAGUGUAUUUUCAUUGUAUGACUCAGGCACAAAUAAAAUAUUUACCAGAUAAAUAAUUUUUGUAAACAUUGGGUAUCUACGGGGUACACUACUGAGAAACAAAACUGAAGUUUGGGGAUAAUGAUGUUAUCAACACUGAUAUUCUGGAUAAUUUAUUUCUCCUUUCCUCUAAAAUGCCCAAUUGACACUCCCUUGUUCCCCAUAGUCUUAUAAGCUUCUACUGUACCUGCAUGUAAGUACCAGUAGGAACUGGUAAAUAUUUGAUGUAUCGCAGGCUGUAUUAUAAAGUGUUACCCAUUCAGUUUAACUACUAUCAGAUAGGCUACUUACACUUUGAAGGGACAAUAUUCAGAACACAUUUGCAGGUUGUGGCAAUCAGAUAUGUUACAUAAAAGAUUUAUAAAAGCCAAUUUCUAACUGUAGUGCACUUUAAUUGAACUGCUCACCAGGUCAGUCACACCAAGCCUUUCUUAGUUAGUCAAUCAAUGCCUUUCCUGCUGCCAUCCUCUGUAUAAUAUGUUGAUUUAGAAACUAUUUUCUUCAAGAGAGAGCAUGAAAAAGUUUUUGCAACGGUGGAGGACCUUUUGUUGAAUUUUACUGCUUCUACCCAACUUUUCUCCUACCUAAAAAUCCACACAAACCUAUUUGGAUGGAAACCAAGCUUGUGCAUAUCAGUGUGUUUUACACAUGUGUCUGAUUCUGCUGUGUGUGUGUGUGGGUGGGCUGGAUAUGUUCGGAGAUGCACUUAGAGCUGAUGGAAGCCAACAGCUGCCUUACCAUUUUACAGAGUGAUGUGGUGGUGGGUGAGAAGGGCCCAGGCUGGAAUGUGAAGCGCUCGGCUGAUUCUCCCGCUGCCAUGUCCUGGGAGAGUGGCUCUAUUUAUAUCAGUCUGUCUAUCGAUCUGUUCAUAUCUGUUUUUAUCUGUUUCCGUGGGUCUCAGUGCCUGCCAUUUUAUAUACCAUAUCAGGUGCACAUUAGACAAUCAGAGGGGUUUUAUUCCAAAAUGAAAGGAUACAGUUACAUUUGGAAAACUUAACCACAAUCUCAUAGUUUUUAAAAGGUUCAUUGCAAUUUUGCAAAUGGUCUUAUUCCGUAGUGCAUUUCCUAUUUGCAAUCUGUUUUGUAAGAGUAGGUCUCAAAGUUGUCAUUUUGGAAUUGAAUUCCUGUUUUAAUGAAUGAUUCUUUCUGACAUGAUCACUUACUUGUAUCUGACUUCACUGAUGCUUAGUACUGAACCAUGAAUUUAUGUUUCUGUAUUUUCAUUUAUGCUCCCACAGUCCUCACUAUCGUUGAGCUUAAUUUAACACUGGCUCAUGUGUCCGGUUUAUGAUACUCCAGAUGAGUAUCGAGUAUGAUGCUGUAUAAACCAGUGUGUAUAUAGAUUUUUUUUAAAUUCACAGAUGAAACUAAGCCCAAUUUAAUAGAUUUAAAUACACUCCCUGAUUUUGUGAUGUGCCCAGUUUCACCUUACCUACUGUAAGCUAGCAGAUGUAGCUGUAGCUUACUAGCCUGUUAAAGCUAACUUUGAAGAGCAGCUUGGCAGCAGCUAGCCAGCAAUGUAGCUGCUUUCACAGGAAAAUCCUCCCAAAACUUUGACUUUUUUGUGUUUUUACUCCCUGUCUCUUGUAUUUGCUCUUCCCCCCGUUUUUCUUUCCUGCAUUCUCAUCAUACAAAGUGAAUUCAAUUCAAUUUUAUUUAUAUAGCGCCAAUUCAUAACAGAAAUUCUCUCAUUGCACUUUUCCUAUAGAGCAGGUCUAGACUGCACUCUUUAUAAUAUUAUUUACAGAGACCCAACAAAU